CAUAAUCUUACAGGCCUCUAGUUCGGAGCUGUAAAGCAAUGGAAUUCGAAUCCUGGGACUGGGUUCCAAUUGACGUCACAGAAGGCAGCCGCCAUCUUUCUGACAGGCAGACGGGUGGUAGAUGCUGGCGGCCGCAGCUAGAAAAUGCCAGUCUCCUGUAGUGCACUGGACUGCAAAAAUCGCUUCAAGAAAGGGAGCGGUAUAACUUUCCACAGAUUCCCUUUUUCGAGACCUGAGCUCAUGGCAAAAUGGUUAAAAGCUGUAGCACGGGAAAACUGGAUGCCAUCACCAAGAGCAACUCUCUGUAGUGAUCACUUCACAAAAGAUUGUUUUGAGGAAAGAAAUGAUAGACGACAUUUAAGAUUCUAUUCCGUUCCAACAAUAUUUCCACUACCGACAAACAAGACGACAAGCUCUCAAAGAUCACAUAAGGCAAAAGUUUCUGGUGGACAUAAGAGAAUUUCGGACAUACAGAAGCCCCAUUUGGAAUCACAAGCUAAUUCAGUAUCUGAUGCACUCUGCGAGCCAACUGAGCCAACCAACAUCACAGAUUUACAGCCUACAUUAGCCACAGAGACUCUCAACACAGGGAAGCUAGCUCAACUCGCAGCUGCAGCAGUCCUGAAUUUAGCAGAAUUUUCUCAAGUGUUGGAAGUUCCUCUAAAACCUGAAGUAGAGUCUUCAGAAGUCCCCAUGUUUUUUAAUUGCAGUGCACAAACUCAAACGUACACAACAGAAGCAAAGAUGGAAUCUGUUUCAAGUGAAUUAGUAACUAUUCAUUCAGAGAAUCAAUCUCAAGAUUCAGCUGCAGCUCUGAGUUCAGAUACCCUCCAUUGGACAGCCAAUGUAUUAUCAGCACCUGAAGUACUAUCGGAUACAUCUACUGUGCUUGUGAGUUCAGUAGAUGUUCCUACAGUGCCGGCUAAUGUUUUGCCCUGUUUAUUUACAACAUCUGCAGAACUAACAUCUGACCAAGUCACUAUAUCGGAAGAAACUACUUGGAUAUCUGCAGAAGUGCUUAUUCCAGAAACACAAACUCAUUUAUCAGCUCCAGUUUUGGCUUCUGAAGAACUGCAAUACUCCUCAGCAGGAGGAAAACUGCUUUCAUCUCGUAAUGAUCAAGAUAUGCCAGGAAUGACAUUUCCCCAAGAUCACAGUUAUUUUAUGAGUCCUUGCCCUGAUAUCAUCAGGAGAACUCUAGGAAAGAAGCUUGCGUGGGAGAGAAAGAAGAAUGAAGAGCAUCGGCAAAAGUUCAGAGUACUCCAACAAAAACUGAAAAGAAAAGAGCAGAAAAUUGACAAUCUGACAAAAAUUAUCAGCCAGCUGAGAGAAAAGCAUGAUGAAAAUGAAAAUGAACAAGAAGAGUUGGACCAAACACAGCAAUGCUACUGAAGUGAAGGACUUGCGUCUGUAGGAGCAGUCAGUCAGUGGCCAUGUGAUGAAAAGACAAGUGAAAUCCUGUACUUCAUUGACAAAAGAGUUGCAAAAGAAGAACUGAUAUACUAUGAAUGAAAAUUUGAAACGUUUGCGGAUUGUUUCUGGAUUUCAGCAUAAACGCUGAGCAAAAUAAUAAAACCUAUUAAUUGUUCCAA